AUGGGUGGAAUCACACGUCGGCAGAUUCCUCCACGGCCGGGCCUCGAUCGAGGUCUCGACAUUCCUUCCCCCUCAGCAUCCAGCCCAUGGAGAGGAUGCCUUGCCGGAUGGGACUGCGGUCCUCGAGCCGGCGCAAGCCUCCUCGCGCAAGCCGCACCCGCCCGCCUUGCCGUCGAGGAUGGAGCGAGACCCUGCAUGCGUGAAAACGGACGCGGGCAUCCCUCGAUCGAGCGGGAGAUGGCCAUCGUCGUGGAGAAACUCGCGUGUCCGAAUCCGGCUCGUUGCGGCGGUAUCGAGGACGGUGGCAGCAAGCCCUGCGUGCGCGUGCCCGUCGGUGGCAGUCGAGAGGACGAAAAGGGGCCGCAAGGGUGA